AAUUGGUGGCUAACGGCAACGUUGCAAAAGCCGGUUUGUUUACGAAAAAAGUGUGGUUGAUGUAUCCAAAACAGUGCUUUUAAGAUACAUUUUCCCAUAAGUAAAAAGUUCAUUCACAUGCCUCAGGCCAACUACUUAACUAGCAUCUUUAGGAAUAUCAGGUAUGGAGUCUUUCAAAGUACUCUGGCCUCGUAUUCCUUGGAUGCCAUAAAAUCCCAUCAAAAGGGACUGAUGCAAAGGGGGCUCCCCAAGCAGAAGCCCAUAGUGGGAGUUAAAGACAUUGUUUUAGUUUCUUCGGGAAAAGGAGGCGUUGGCAAAUCAACCAUUGCUACAAAUCUAGCUGUGGGGUUAAAGCUGGAAGCCCCAGAUAAAAAAAUCGGGCUGCUAGAUACCGAUAUAUUUGGACCCACUAUUCCGCUCAUGAUGAACCUUCACGAUACACCGUUUUUAACAGACACCAAUCUCAUGGAACCGUUGGUUAACUAUGGCGUAAAAUGCAUGUCCUUUGGAUUUUUAAUCGAAGAAAGUUCGCCAAUAAUCUGGCGAGGUUUGAUGGUCAUGCAAGCUCUAGAAAAAUUAAUGAGACAAGUGAACUGGGGAGACAUUGAUUAUCUGGUUGUCGAUACGCCUCCUGGGACAGGAGACACCCAUUUAAGUUUGGUACAGAACUUGCCCAUCAACGGAGUAGUUUUAGUAACGACUCCUCAAUCAGCAGCUCUGCAAGUUACUAAACGCGGUGCAGUAAUGUACAACAUGUUGAAAAUCCCAAUAAUCGGAUUAGUCGAGAAUAUGAGUUCAGUAAAAUGCCCAAAUUGCUCAAACGAGAUUUUGAUAUUCGGCGAUGGAACUAAGCAGUUGUCUGAAGAUUUACAAGUGCCGAUUUUAGAGAAACUUCCCCUAAAUCGUACUAUAGCUGACGGAGGCGAUAAAGGAGUUCCCGUUGUUUUAGAUGCGAACAAUGGACAAUCAGAACUGUACAGACACUUGGCUAAGAAAGUUGUUCAGUUCUUAUCUAGCAAGGAAAAUAGCAAGGUAAUUUUAUAGCAAAAUGUUUUCAGGCGACAAUGAAACAUGGAUUUUACUAAAAAAUAUUGAAUUUUAUUUAAAUCUAAAGUAACCCAAUUAUACAUCUCUUUUGCAUCCUUCAAUAAAAACAAUUACCAACAAAAAAUUAUGGAAGAUGUCCGUACCACUUGUGAGCGCUUAUAUGUCAAAUGAUUUUCAUCAGCUAACUGUAUUAACAGCGUUAAGCUUAAAUAAAGUAUAUACAAAAGGAAAGU